AUGGAAAGUCUGCUUCUUGAAGCCCUCAACGGUUCUGGAGGCAACGAUACUAAUUUGAAUUCAACAGGAGACAUUCCAGCGGAAGGAGACUCGAUGUUCAUAGUUUUGGCUGGGUUAAGUGGCGUUAUAAUGCUGAUCGGGAUUCCAGGUAACCUUUUAGUAAUUGCAGCAGUCAUCAUCAACAAAGAGCUGAGAAGCGCCCCAAACUUCCUAGUCUUAAGUCUGAGUGUUUGUGACUUUCUAUUUCUAAGCAUGCCUGUUCCUGUUCACACCUAUACAUACUUUACCGGACAUCCACCAGCCUCAGAGGCCUGCUGGGCCAUUGGCUUCGUCACCAACUGGCUUCUGGGGUCGUCAGUGCUAAGUACAGGUGCUAUAGCCAUCAACAGGUAUAUAGCUAUUGUUCUGAAGAGCAAAUACCAUCAGAUAAGUGGCCAACGAGCAGUGGCUGUAAUAUGUACAUGUGUUUUCCUAGUCCCCUUUCUGAUUUUAUCACCGACAUUGUUUGACGAUUCUUUGGGAAAUUUCGGGUUCGAAUCUUGGGACAGGAACUGCGGAUGGACCGGAAAUGGUAUACUGAGACCCGUUAUCAUAGGUGUUGUGUCCAUAUUCCCUUUGGUUUUCAUGACUCUGUGUUACAUUCGGAUUGUUCUGUAUGUGAUCGCAAGCAGGAAGAGAGUGGGCGUCAUAGGACAAGCGACCACCUCCAGGGCGGCUCGGAACACAGAGACCCGAAUGACCUUGAUGUUGGCCAUGGUGUAUAUCGUGUAUCUUGUCACGACUUUACCGGCACUUCUGGUCAACGGCAUUGGACAGGCCGGAAUGUUCAUGCCGGACUGGGUUCACGUAAUAUCUUUUACCUUUGUCUGGAUGUCGUCCGCAGCUAACCCUGUUGUAUACGGGCUCGUCAACAAGAAAUACAGGGACGCCUACAAGAAUGUGGCAAGGAAAAUCAACAGCUUCACCAUAAGACGAACGGAAAGUGCAAGUUUGGAUACAAACACAUAG